AUGGACAACAAAACUUGGAUGGUCAAUGACAGUGGACAAUCUGAUUUCAUCCUGGUGGGAAUUUUCAGUCAGUCAAAACACCCAAAUUUUCUCUGUGUGGUCAUUUUUAUUGUUUUCUUGUUGGUAUUGUCUGGAAACUCUCUCCUGAUAUUUCUGAUAUACUCUGAUGCUCACCUCCACACUCCCAUGUAUUUUUUCAUCAGCCAGUUGUCUCUCAUGGAUGUAAUGUACAUUUCCAUCACUGUACCCAAAAUGCUUAUGAACCAGGUUAUGAGUAUGAAUAAGAUCUCAACCCUAGAAUGUGGGAUGCAAAUGUUUCUCUAUGUAACACUAGGAGGUUCAGAAUGUUUUCUUCUAGCCACCAUGGCUUAUGAUCGCUAUGUAGCCAUCUGCCAUCCUCUUCAUUACCCUGUCCUCAUGAACCACAGAUUGUGUCUUCUACUAGCAUCUGGCUGCUGGUUUCUGGGAUCUGUGGAUGGAUUCAUGCUCACAUCCAUCACCAUGACAUUCCCCUUCUGCAGAACUCGAGAGAUCCAUCAUUUCUUCUGUGAAGUCCCUGCCAUAGUGAAGCUUUCUUGCUCAGACACUUCCCUUUAUGAGACAGUCAUGUACCUGUGCUGUGUCCUCAUGCUUCUUAUCCCUGUGGCAGUCAUUUCAAGCUCUUAUUCUUUCAUCCUUUUCACCAUUCACAGGAUAAACUCAGCAAAGAGCCAGAAAUCCUUUGCCACGUGUUCCUCCCAUAUGACUGUGGUCAUUCUCUUUUAUGGGGCUGGAGUCUACAACUAUAUGCUUCCCAGUUUUUACCACACCCCUGAAAAAGACAUAAUGGUGUCUGUCUUUUAUACCAUACUUACUCCAUUGCUAAACCCUUUAAUCUAUAGUCUGAGGAAUAAAGAUGUCACAGAAGCUUUAAAGAAAAUGGUGAAUGUAGGACCUGUCUUUCAAGAAAUUAUAAAAUAG